AUGCCCAAGAAAGGUGGAAAGGGAAAGAAGGGCAAGGGUAAAGCCGGUGGCGGCACAGCGAAGAAGGCCCCCGCCGUCCACGAGCCUGUAACCCCCGGACACCAAGUUGAGGAUAUCUUCAAGGGUGAAGGUGAAGGCGAAACCACCGAAAGCCUCGCCCCCGGCACUGCUACUAAUGUCCCCUCCGCUGCCCCGCCUCAGGUCGCCGCGAGCACAGGAGCAGAUGGCACGCCGACCACCGAGACCACUGAAAGUGGCGACCUUUCGAACGAGGAAGUAGAGGAGCCUUUGAGCCCCGGAACCGCCAAGAGGUUUUCAUUGACGAAGCCAUCGGAUGAUGCAGGAGGCCCUGGACUCCGCAUGCCGACUUCCUUGCCGGAUACACGUGAAGCUGCCGAAUUCGAAGCAAACGAGCACACCCUGCAGGGUGCUGUCGGUAAGACCCAGGCGUCGAAGGCGGGUCUGGUCGGAUCGCUGGACGCAGGGGAUAGCGAGGGACAAGCCAUAUUGCCCGACACGGUCGCCAAAGAAUCCAAGUUGACGGCUCCUACGACGGCUCCCGACACCACCGUUCCCGAAGCGACUGCUACCGAGGCCGCCGCUCCCGUACCCGUCAUCACUGACGCCAACGCUCCAGUGUCGGAAGUUGGGGGUGCCGGAGACAAUGCCACCGGUCUGGCCGAGAAGGAGGCGGCAGUGGAGAGAGCAGAGGUGAGCGGUGCGGCAGAAACAGCACUGCCGGAGAGACUCAAGGAGAAGGAAACUGCUGCGGCCGAACCGACAGCCACAUCUCCGUCCGAUGGCCAUGCAAAGCGCCCCUACGAGAGCAGCCUCUUCCACAAGGACGAGGACCACAAGCCUCCCAAGAUGGCCAAGGUCGAGGAAGACCUGGAUACGGUUCCAGCGACCCAGCCUGUGUCCACAGAAACCCAAGCUGCGAACUUGCAAACUGUGCAACCCCUGGUUGUCCCCGGACUUGGUGCCGAAUCCACAGACAAGCCACCCUCCGACGCUGAAAUUGCUGGACUUGCUCCCUCUGGUCAGAAGGCCGAGCCAGCGACCACAGAACCCAGCGUUCUUGCGCCGGUGACCGAACCUACCGCUACCGCUCCGAGCACAACGGAGUCGCAGACUGCAGAAGCUGUUCCCCCGACCGCCGCUCCUUCGGCUGCUCAGGCUGCUGCUGCCACCACAUCCCCUGUCGUUCCCGCCGCCGUUUCUGCCGCUGCCGCAGGAGGCGAAGCCGACACGGAGGCCAGGCAGAAGCAGGAGGUUAGAGACAGCAUUCAAGCUUUCACCGGCGAGAGACAGAUCCCCACGGCCAAGGGGCUCCAGCAAGAGCAUGAGGAGAAGGCCAAGGAGAAGGCUCUGGAGACCGCGCCCCUCAAGACGACCCAGGAGACUCCCACAAAGGCCCAACCAAGCGUCGCUGCCGCUGCCGCCGCCGCCGCGAUGAGAGGAAAGUCGGCUGCGUCGCCGGAAAAGGCGACACCUACUGCGACACCUACCACCGAAGCCGCCGCCAAGCCAGAGGCUGAGCCCAAGGGUGCUCAAGGCCCGACCGAAGCCACUCAGGAUCAGAUCCCCACCGAGACACAACGGGGAGAAGAGGCGGGUGCAGAGGAGACCCAGCAGCCUGAGACCGCCGGCGCCAAGAAGUCGCACGAGGAGGCACAAACGGCCGUCGACCAAGCUCAAGAGGCAGCCAAAGCCGAAGCCGCCAAGGCGGAGAAGCGCAAGAGCGGGUUCUGGUCGUGGGUCAAGCGCAAGGUCAAGGGCACUUGA